AUGUCUCACAGGAAGUUUGAGCACCCAAGACAUGGUUCUCUUGGUUUCUUACCAAGGAAGAGAGCUAACCGUCACAGAGGAAAGGUGAAGGCUUUCCCCAAGGAUGAUCAAACCAAGCCUUGCAAGUUCACAGCUUUCUUGGGUUACAAAGCUGGUAUGACCCACAUUGUCAGAGAUGUUGAGAAGCCUGGAUCCAAGCUUCACAAGAAGGAGACGUGUGAGGCUGUUACCAUCAUUGAGACACCUGCUAUGGUUGUUGUUGGUGUUGUUGCUUAUGUGAAGACCCCGAGAGGUUUGAGGUCUUUGAACACUGUCUGGGCACAGCAUUUGAGUGAGGAGGUUAGGAGAAGGUUCUACAAGAACUGGGCUAAGUCUAAGAAGAAGGCUUUCACUGGCUACGCCAAGCAGUAUGAAUCUGAGGAUGGCAAGAAAGGUAUCCAGGCUCAGCUUGAGANAUAUUUUGAUUUCAUCACUCUCCUCAAUAACAAAUAA